GUUAUCAACAUUAAACAUGCACAUUGACAUUAGGUGCUUGUUUACAUACAUAAUGUAUGCCAUCCAUACUUUUGUAGAUAUCUUGAUUUGUUUAGGAUUACCAUUAGGAAUAAGCGGACAACAUACUGUUUUGUCUCCAGUUGACCCCGUUGGUUGGGAAGGCGAACCUCUGACUCUGACGUGCGAGAGCAGCGCGGAAGAUGUCGUUGGAUUUGGAUGGAACUCGAGAAAUCGGUCCGACAGCAGUUGGUUUCAUCUGGUCGCAAUUAUCUACAAUGAUGUUGCAAACCUGACCUGCGCUUUUCCGGCGGCUGAAUGGGCACCAAAUGCUGCUCUCUUUGACUAUAAUUGCAUUCUCCGUACAAAACAUUCGCUGACUCUGAAAAAUCUAACUUUUGACAACCGUUGGGAUGAGUGGGUUUGUAGAUCCUAUUCGCCUACAAUUGAAAGCAGCCAUGUGAAUGUUUCAGUACUAGUUCCAGUAAAGUUAGUAAACAUUGAGCAACCGACUGUUGAUACACUUCGUAUAAUAGAAAAUAGCUCAUAUACCUUUGUUUGCAUGGUGAUGAGGUCAUUACCUGCCGCUUCAGUACUUUGGUAUCACGACAAUAAAACACCUGGAUUACCAGCGGACGACGUCACACUUACGUCAAGAGCACUCGUUACAACAGAAGAAAUUUUGAAUGCCGACAGUACUUUUAAAACAACAAGUUGUAUGGAUUUUCAAAUUUUUCGAAGUUAUCAUGGUGUGAAUUUAUACUGCUCUGCCAGUAACAGAAAUGAUAGUAGACACGUGUCAAAUAGAAACAUAUUCAUAGACGUCCUGUAUGGACCACAAGUCGAACUGAUACCACUAUUCAACAUACCUGAAGGAAAUGAAUUAUCUUACAAAUGCGGAUAUAUUCCUGGAAAUCCAUCCGAAGCAACAUUCUCAUGGAGUCGAACAUCCGAUGACAAACACUGGAAUGGGCAGACUCUCAUCAUAAAUUCGACGCACCGUUCGGAUGACGAUAUAUAUACGUGCAAAGUAUCAAAUCUAAUGACGACAUCUGAGAAUGAAACACAGAUAGGCAGCGAUAUUAAAACAAUGCGGGUCAACGUUCAAUAUAGAUCAGAUGUAAUUGAAUUUUAUGUAGACGGACUUGAACGAAAACAAAGUGUCAUAAAAGCGGAAAGCGAGCUUGUAACGUUUGUGUGUACGGUUGAUAGUAACCCCGGGUCAACAAUAGAACUCAUAAAAGACAAUGAAGUGAAGCACAGUGUUCAUGAUACCAACUUCAUUCAAUUCCCAACCGUAAGAUGUACCUGCUGGGAUGCUGGUGUUUAUUCAUGCAGAAGUAGCAACCAAUUCAACCACGACGGACCGUCGGUGAAAAACAUAGAACUUAUUAUUACAUGCUCUCCAAGACGAAUGCCGGGAGUUCGGAUACAGCAGACAUUUUCAAGUCCCACACAUCAGAACGUCACCUUGUCCUAUCGAUUAUUUGCGUACCCUGUCCCAAAACCUUGGCAAUUCGUUUGGCGUAGAUGUCCAGAAAAUGACACCUGUGUUGACAUCACACUCAACAUAACAAAAUUCGCUGCGUCAUCUUCUGGAUUAACCUGUUCUCUUACGGUGAUCGGUGUUAAGCCGGAAGACUACGGAACAUACACACUUACAAUUACAAAUGACAUCGGGAAUGAUUUAACAGAAAAGUUCCUGUUGAUCAGAGAAGCAUCGCCGAUUAAUGAAUCAUCGUCGUCCACUGUUGGUGUGGCGAUUGGUGUUAGUGCUGCUGGUUUUGUUGUUGCAGUGGUCGCUGCUAUUUCUUUUUUUGUUGUGAAGCGAAAAUACAUAUCGUCAUGCCCUUGCAAAAGAAGCUCUGGUAGAAACAGUAUGUAUCAGUCGUCUACAAACAAAGUCGUCGAAAUGGCUUAUUUUAAAAGAGAUCAGAGACACACCACAAGUGUAAACACACCAGAUGUUUCUGAUGCCUAUGACGAGGUAUCGACAAUGGAAGCCUUCCGUUAUGAAACUUUAGAUAUAAACAAGAUCGGGACCCAGACAUAUGUGGAAAUCCAUUCAAGUGGUAACGAUUCACAGCAACAGAAACCACAACUGCAUCAACAAUAAAAAUGCGAAAUGCCUAGAUAUGAGGGAGUAUUUCAGGUGGCUGACCAGCAAUACCAGAACACAGCAUUUUAAUGAUCAAGAUAGAUUUACUUUGAGAAGGUGGCUGACCAGCAAUACCAGAACCCAGCAUUUUGAAGAUCAAGAUAGAUUUACUUUGAGAAGGUGGCUGACCAGCAAUACCAUAACACAGCAUUUUGAAGAUCAAGAUAGAUUUACUUUGAGAAGGAGGCUGACCAGCAAUACCAGAACCCAGCAUUUUGAAGAUCAAGAUAGAUUUACUUUGAGAAGGAGGCUGACCAGCAAUACCAGAACCCAGCAUUUUGAAGAUCAAGAUAGAUUUAUUUAAAGAGAAGUCUACGAAUAUUGUUAUGUCUGUUCAUGUAAAGAAUAAACAAAAUGAAAUAAAAACAAC